AGCGGGGCGGGGCGGCCCCGGGGCGGGCGGCAGCGACGAGGAGGCGGCUCCGGAGCCCGCGGUGCCGCCCGCCUGUCACAGCGCCCGGGCCCCGAGCGCCGCCAGCACCCGGCAGCAGCAGCAGCAGCACAGCGGGGAGGAGGAGGAGGAGGAAGAAGCGGCGGCGGCAGCAGCAGCAGCGAUGGCGCGGCUGGUGGCGGUGUGCCGGGACGGCGAGGAGGAAUUCCCCUUCGAGAAGAGGCAGAUCCCGCUGUACAUCGAUGACACGCUCACGAUGGUGAUGGAAUUUCCUGAUAAUGUGCUGAACCUCGAUGGACACCAGAAUAACAGUGCACAAUUAAAGCAGUUCAUUCAGAGACACAGCAUGCUGAAGCAGCAGGACCUGAACAUUGCCAUGAUGGUGACGUCGCGGGAGGUCCUGAGCGCCCUUUCCCAGCUGGUGCCGUGCGUGGGCUGUCGGCGCAGCGUGGAGAGGCUCUUCUCCCAGCUCGUGGAAUCUGGGAAUCCAGCGCUGGAGCCCCUCACAGUGGGGCCAAAGGGGGUUCUCUCUGUCACUCGCAGCUGUAUGACUGAUGCAAAGAAGCUUUAUACACUCUUUUAUGUGCAUGGGUCCAAACUGAAUGACAUGAUUGAUGCAAUUCCCAAAAGUAAGAAGAACAAGAGAUGUCAGCUACACUCCCUGGACACACACAAACCAAAACCUUUGGGGUCUGAAAAAUGUUUGGUAAUACUAUGUGACAGUGAAGGGAGCAGUAACAGACUCAGUACAAAGAAAUUAAAGGCAGUUAAAAGUAGAGAAGACAGGAGGAGGAGGAAAGAGAGCAAGUGUAGCAUCAUUUUCUGCUAUGGACCUUCCCAGGGAGCAGUCAGGGGCUGUUGGAUGGAUGUGUGGGAGCUCAUGUCCCAGGAAUGCAGGGAUGAAGUAGUUUUAAUCGACUCUAGUUGUCUUCUAGAAACGUUAGAAACCUACCUACGAAAACACAGGUUCUGCACUGACUGCAAGAACAAGGUGCUGCGUGCCUACAACAUCCUGAUCGGGGAGCUGGACUGCAGCAAGGAGAAGGGUUACUGUGCUGCCCUGUACGAGGGGCUGCGCUGCUGCCCCCACGAGCGCCACAUCCACGUGUGCUGCGAGACCGACUUCAUCGCCCACCUCCUGGGGAGGGCCGAGCCCGAGUUCGCAGGAGGGUAUGAGCGCAGGGAGAGGCACGCCAAGACAAUAGACAUCGCCCAGGAGGAGGUGCUGACCUGCCUGGGCAUCCACCUCUACGAGAGGUUGCACCGGAUCUGGCAGAAGCUUCGGGCCGAGGAGCAGACGUGGCAGAUGCUCUUCUACCUGGGGGUCGAUGCCCUGCGCAAGAGCUUCGAGAUGGCUGUGGAAAAAGUGCAAGGUAUUAGUCGAUUGGAACAGCUCUGUGAAGAAUUUUCAGAAGAAGAAAGGGUGAGAGAGCUGAAGCAGGAGAAGAAACGCCAAAAACGGAAGAACAGACGGAAAAAUAAGUGUGUGUGUGAGAUCCCUGCUCCUCUGCAGGCAACAGAAGAGAAGGAAAUCAAUCAGGCAAAGGAGAACUCCAACUUCACAGAAAGCAGUUGCAAAGCCUGUGGUAGCACCGAAGAAGCCAACAACUGUGUAGAAGUAAUUGUUACUAAUGAAAGCACCUCUUGCACUUGUCCUAGUAGUGGUACCCUAUUAGGUUCACCUAAAAUCAAGAAAGGUUUAUCUCCACACUGUACUGGCAGUGACUGUGGCUAUUCAUCGAGCAUGGAGGGCAGUGAAACGGGGUCUCGGGAGGGCUCAGAUGUGGCCUGCACCGAAGGCAUCUGCAACCACGAUGAAAAUGGAGAUGAUCCCUGUGUCCAUCGCUGCGACGACAAGGAGGAGGAUGGGGACAGCUGUGUGGAGUGCUGGGCUAACGCGGAAGAGAACAACACAAAAGGCAAAAACAAAAAGAAGAAAAAGAAAAGCAAAGCUUUGAAGUGUGAGAAUGACCAUAUUCAGAAACUUGGAAGCUGUCUGGCAGAUCCAGGUACCAGAGAGACCUCAGGGAAUCUCACGCACACAGAGUUCCACCGCGACAAGACCAAAGACACACACGCCGAGAGCUGCUGUAGCGCAGACAAAAGCGGCCAGCAGUUGCCUUGGUUUGAGCAUAUGAAAAACGUGUCACAGUUUGCAGAACCUACAGAAAUGUCACUCGUUCCUGAUACUGGAAAAGGUGCCAAAAGCUUAGUGGAACUCCUUGACGAGUCCGAGUGCACUUCUGACGAGGAGCUGUUCAUCUCCCAGGACGAGAUCCAGUCCUUCAUGGCAAACAACAAGUCUUUCUACAGCAACCGGGAGCAGUACCGGCAGCACCUGAAGGAGAAGUUCAACAAGUACUGUCGCCUCAACGACCACAAGGGGCCCGUCUGCAACAGCUGGCUGGCAACAGCUGGAGCCAACUGAGCCCGGUCCCCUCUCUGUCUGUCACUGAAACUCGAGAUGACUACUGCGCCUUCUCCUUCCAGACUUAAUUUAGUGACUUAACGGCAAAAUUUUAUCUUAAAUUAAUGUGAUUCUUUUUUUUUCUUGGUUUUUUUUUUCUUUUUUUUUUUUUUUUCUCCUCUGGGGGAGGCUGGUGGAGGUGAUUUCCUUAAUUUUGUUCUUUCUCCAGGCUUGUAUCUUUAGUUGAGUAGCUGUGCAAGCCUCUCUUCUAAUUUAAGCCAUCUCUUUUCAUUCAAUGUUUCUCUUCCUGUGAGACUUACAAAGAAGCAAACUAGUGGCAAAGUAAUGUUGUACCUAUAAUUCUGUACAGAAUGACAAGGAGCUGAAUAUAAGAUUUUACAAAGUAGACAUCCAUUUGCAAAAUGUUUUGGAUGUAAUAUGUUAAAGCGCAAUGUGCAAAAUUUAAAUAAAGAAUAUUUAUUAAUAUGCAUAGUAAAA